AUGUUGGGUGUACUGGAAGUCGAUUUGAUUAGAUUGUGUGAAAUUGCCAAGUCUUGUCCAGCAACGUUCUUUUCGCAGUGCGAUCUUAGUCUGAUGGUGGUGGAUGGGGGGUUCCACUCAUGCUUGAUAAGUUUAACUCAUGCUGCAUGGCUUCUCUCAACCUACAAUGACAUCGCAAUCAACCAAGCCGGUCAAUUUUUACAAGCCACAUUGAAAGUUUUGACUUCCUAUGAUGUAUCUGAUUCUGCCUUGAGCGUAGCAUAUACUAUUAUUUCUUUGUCAAAGAUUUUCAUUCUUACUUGGCAUUUUACCUUGCUAUCAGUUUGUAUCUCCAAUUACGACAUGAUCAACAACUCAAGCAUCCUCAACUCAUUCAAUUCUACUGACUUUUCCUCAUUGCUCCCCGAGUCAGGACUCACGGAGAUCGACUCAUCUAGGGUGGAAUCAACCUCGUCACAGAAAGAUAUCGAAUAUCUGGUUUUGUAUGGUAUACUCUAUGGUUAUCUGGAUGCACAUAUAGGGACCUUCGGUUUGAUCGUUGCACAACAGCUGGCUAUGACUUCGGAGAAGGGCAGGCUUUCUCAGCUUUCAGGCACUUCGUUCCCAGACGCGGAAUCAAGAUCUCAGCAGUACAUAUCUUCCGUCAAACUCGAAUCACUAAGUGUUUGA